UACACAGUGGCGGAAGUUAUCGCAAUCCACCUGUUGCACUUCGAACAGGAAAAAUAGCUCGACAAAUCGAUAUUUGGCGUUCUUAAAAACUAAGCCAAUCGAAGCAACGGGAAAGUUCUAGAACUACUAGCUACAUUCUAUCCGUGUCAACUUUAAUGGACAAACUAAAGAAAGUUUUGAGUGGCCAAGAUGGCAACAAUGAUGACGGCGACAUAUUGCAAGCGGCGAACCAAGCCUCCACCCUGGGCUGGGGCACGCGCAUGAAGGGCUUUAUCGCAUGUUUCGUGCUCGGGGUCUUGUGUUCCAUUCUGGGGACAUGCUUGCUGUGGAUUCCAAGGGUUGGUCUGAUUCUGUUUGCAGUGCUGUACACACUCGGCAAUGUUGCCUCUCUGUGCAGCACUAUGUUCCUGAUGGGACCCCUUAAUCAGCUGAAGAGGAUGUGUGCCAAAGAAAGAGCACUGGCUACAGCUAUCAUGCUGACCUGUCUGGUUCUAACUAUGUGUUCUGCUUUCUGGUGGAAGAAUAAUGGUCUAGCCUUACUCUUCUGUAUUCUACAGUUUCUGGCCUUCACUUGGUAUGGCCUGUCCUACAUUCCAUUCGCAAGGGAUGCCGUGAUAAAGGCCUUCUCUGUCUGUCUGAAGUGAGGCUGCAAACCUCCCUUUCACUCUCCCUCUGAGGGGUUAUGUGUGUGUGUGUUUGGGGGUUGGCUAAAGCCCUCAACUCUCUGGCAAACACACAGACGCCACACAGGUGUGCUGGAAUGGUGCCCACUGAGUAAACACUCGUCAGCGAAUGCUUUCCAGAGCAGAAGUGUACCUGAGGUAUGAUGUUGUGUAGAGGAAUCUGUUUGUGAGGGAUGCCUUAUCUUAUGUGUGUGUGGUGUCUGUCCCUUUAAGGUUGGUGUAUAUGUGAAUUUUGUGUGUUUUUCUACACUGUGAGUCCAGCUCCUCUUAAUUUACUGUGGGGGGAGGGUCAAUGCACCACCUCUGUCAUUUCUCUAACUGUAAAUCAAACCAGACCAAAACUAUUCAGAUCUAUAUUUAGGUGCCGACAUGGUGUGUCUUCGCUAGUUAGUUGUACUGUAGUAGUUUAUUUACGUGUUCACAAUGGACAGCUGACUACUGAUCAUUUCACCGGCUCAGGUCUGGAAAUCUGUACAGUCAGGGGACUUUUUGCACCUACUCCCAAGUGCACUUACCAGGAGUCUGAAUAUAAGGGCCUGCUGUUAAACGUUCUUCUAGCUGGAUAGAUAUACAGUUGAAGUUGGAAGUUGGAAGUUUACAUACACUUAGGUUGGAGUCAUUAAGACUCGUUUUUCAACCACUCCACAAACUUCUUGUUAACAAACUAUACUUCUGGAAAGUCGGUUAGG